CUAGCUGUCAGAGAUUGUCAAGAGAAUGAGACAUCGGGAAGUAUAACAGUAGCAAAUUAUGGCAUGGAAUGGACAGGAAAAUGAGCCUUUGCUAGAAGACAGGACCACUGAAACUCCAAAUCAUGAAUCCUUGUUUGCCGGAUGGAAAACAGCUUGCACCUCCAUACUUACAGUGGUGAUUUUGGAGCGGCUUGCUUUUUAUGGGAUUAUUUCUAACCUGGUACUCUAUCUUAACAGCAGCAACUUCAACUGGCAGGGGACUCAGGCCACUCAAGCCUUCCUUGUCUUCACAGGGACAACUUACCUCCUCUCUCUCUUUGGUGGUUGGCUUGCUGAUGCCUACGCUGGACGUUUCUGGACCAUUGCUGGUAGCCUUGUUAUUUACCUGUUAAGCAGUGUCUUCUUCCCAGCUACAGCAAUGGAAGAAAGCAGGAACGUGCUAUGCGGACAGAUGCCUACCUUCAAUCUCGAAAAUGCCUCUUGCUGGCAUUUGGGCAAAAAUGAGUGUUCUUCUCAAUCUAAGUAUUGCGCUUCUGUCAUGUACAUUGCUAUUGUGUUCUUGGGGCUGGGCAGUGGCUCACUGAAAGCUAACCUGACUUCCUUCAGUGCAGAUCAGGUCGCAGAUGGAGGACAAGAAACAACAAGACGCUUUUUUGAUUGGUUCUACUGGUCUUUCAAUGUGGGUGCCAUCCUGUCUUUAUCUCUGGUUACCUAUAUCCAGCAGAAUAUCAGUUUCUUUAUAGGUUACAGUAUCCCUGUGCUAUGCCUCGCUGUGGCUCUUCUCAUCUUCCUUACCUCCAGUCCCAUGUACAACUGCAAACCAGCCACUGGAAGCCAGCUGUCCGAUAUGGCAAAGGUGGUAGCCUACGUAUGCUGUUUUUGCAAAAAGUCACAGACACGUCCUCCAUCAAAGAGAAUGGGCCACAUUUUGGAAGACCCAGCAAGAGGUGGUAUCCUGGAAAGAGUGACAAUUGAAAAAAGAGGCCAAAUUCAUCAGGAGAUAUUUGAGAAUGUGGAAACACUGAUAAGGAUUCUCCCUAUCCUUCUGUGUUUCAUCCCUUACUGGAUCGUUUACUUCCAGAUGCAAAGUACUUACUACCUACAAAGCCUUCACUUGGAGAUUCCAGCACUUUUCAGUCAUGUCAGAAAUAAUUCUUCAAACAGCAAUACAAGCAGACACCACACGUUUCCUGCUGCCUGGCUCACCAUGUUCAAUGCCCUGAUGCUUCUCAUCCUUAUUCCACUGAAGGACAAAGUCAUUGACCCAGUGUUGCUGAGAAGGAACCUCCUGCCCUCACCACUUAAGCGAAUUGCUCUUGGAAUGCUCAUUGGCAGCUGUUCUGCCUUGACAGCAGGGCUGCUGGAGAGAAAGAGACUGACCUACAUCGCUAGUAACCAGACUAUCUCACAGGAAAUUGGAAAGGAUGUGUACAUUGCUGCCCCACUAGCCAUAUGGUGGCAAAUCCCUCAGUAUGUUCUCAUUGGCAUUAGUGAAAUUUUUGCAAGUAUUCCAGGUUUGGAAUUUGCAUACUCCGAGGCCCCACCAUCCAUGCAGAGCAUCAUCAUGGGCUUCUUUUUUUUCAUCUCUGGCAUUGGUUCACUGCUGGGCUCUGGCCUCCUCUCACUCCUGGCCUUACCCCCCACUGGCUGGAUGAACUGUCCUGAAGAUUACGGCAACAUCAAUAAGUGCCAUAUGGAUUAUUACUUUUUCCUCUUGGCUGGGAUUCAGGGUGCCACACUUCUGGUCUUUGUGGUGAUUAUACUGAGAUAUGAGAGAAGAAACUGUGAAAACUAUCAGAUGUACAAUGACCUGGAGACUGAAUGAGUUAAUUGGUGCCUAUCACCUCACCUACUACAGUUUGGCAUAGUCGGUACAUCUCUCCACCAUAUGGCAGCCAAAUGAAACUGUUACAAUCCUAGGUGAACUCUUUCCUCAAUCACUCUACUUUUUUCAUAAGAAAUCAAGACAUCCUGGAAUAACAUAAGAUGGAAAUUUGCAUCCUGGAAUAACAUAAGAUGGAAAUUUGCACUAGAUUAUCAGAAUGAAUUACUGUAAAAAUUGUUAAACAAUUAUCUUGUAUAUCAGAAAUGAUAGUUGUAUGUCAGAGGCAUAUUUUCUGUUUUUGUCAGCCUCCAAAAAAGAUAAAAUGUAAAUAUUUAUCUUUGUGCCCCAGUUAUAUAAAAGAUACGGGGGACUUUUUGACUAAGCUCUAUACAUGGUAUAAAAAUAGAAGUGAAAAUGAGUGAUGGUUACGCUUGACAAACUCACUUUUUACAGUUAUUCCUAAUGACUAUGGCAUUGAAUUCGUACAUGAGUUUUUACAUAAUAAUACUGAUAUGGCUGGUAGAAUGACAGAAAAUGUAUGUAGUUUAAUAAAAAUUGUUCUUACUAAAAAUUUUUUCUAAUUAAUGGUCAGCCAUUUUUGCAGAUAGCAGGGGUAGCCAUGGGGACUCCCAUGGCUAACACCUAUGCAAACAUAGUGCUGAAUCAGUGGAAAAGUCAAUAUAUUAAUAGUUCUGUUGACCCAUUUAAAAAAAUGUAUUGUUUUAUCAACUUUUUGCAGAUUACUGUUUUAUGAUAAGGAAAGGAAAUCAACAGUGUUUGUUAGAUUUUGUUGAAUAUUUAAAUAAUACUAUGACAUUUUUGAAGUUUAAAAUGAAUUUUUCUUAUAACAGUAUGGCAUACUUAGAUGUUCAUCUAUUUAAGGAAUUUGAUUCUUUUAAAACUUGUGUAUUUAAGAAAGAAAUUCAAGCGAAUAAAUAUACCCAAGCUAAGAGUAUGCAUGCCAGGCAUAUUUACCGUGGAAUAAUAAAAAAAGUCAACUCUU